GUCAUGACCACUCCGUUAUGACAAAAAAUUUAAGAAUCGAGCAUGUGGAGUUUUGAGGUUAUUUUUAAGAGUAAAGAACUGUGAAUUAUUUUGUCCAUCGAGGAAUAAUUGGUAUAUUUUAUAUGGAUGUGGAUUAUUGAGUGGGAAAUAUGACGAAAAUCAAGCGAAAAGGGGUUAAAACUUGGAAGCCUUUGACACUAGAAGGUGCAAUACUUUCAUCAGGUGUUGAGGGGUUGAUUGGUAUUGAGGAAUUAGUGGAUUAUAGUCUGGAAAAUAAAUCUGAGAAAUCCUCAAAACGAAAGAUAUCAGAGGAUUUUUCCGAGGAAUCAGAUGAAGAUGACGGUUUAGUUAUCCCAAAAACUGCCUCGAGCAAUAAAAAACCAGCCAAUUCGAAGAAAAAGAGAAAAACCGGCAAGCGCUCUGAACCGAAAUUGUUAUCUUCAGAAUCAGAAGAAAAUCCGGUAACGAACGAAUCCGAAGAUGAUUUAAACUUCAGUCCAGAAGCAUGGACGACCCUGGGUGUUCCCCCUGUGAUCGUGAAGGCCCUGAAGGACCAAAAAUUUUCAACUCCAACAUCAAUUCAAUCCUUGACCCUUCCUCCAGCCAUUUUAGGAAGAAGAGACAUCUUGGGAGCUGCAGAAACAGGCAGUGGGAAGACCCUAGCAUUCGGUAUUCCAAUCCUGUCAGGAAUUCUUGAGUUGAAGUCUAAACAGCAUGAAAUAUCCAACCAUGAACUAGAAAUAUCGAGAAAAAUCGACGACUGUGGAGCUACAAGCACUGGAUGGACAGUUUCAUCCGAUGGGGGAGACGAUGUCGAUGAAAAACAUUGUAACCCAGAAGAGGAGGAAUCGGAGGAAGAACAUCCAGACAGGCCAGACGAGAAGAGUGUAGGUUGCGUCAGAGUAAUUGACAACAUCGACUCGAACGACUUCAUCCCCUCUCUCUCCUGCAAACCCCUUUACGCUCUCAUUCUGACACCCACCCGAGAACUAGCAAUUCAGAUAAAAAAUCACAUCAGCAGAGCAGCAAAAUAUACGGACAUUAAAGUGGCUGUGGUCGUGGGCGGAAUGGCAGCAGUAAAACAGGAGAGAAUCCUUAGCAAGGGUCCGGAGAUUGUGAUAGCGACACCAGGGCGUCUGUGGGAGCUAAUAGACCAGGGGAAUCCUCAUUUGACCAAACUCAACUCUUUAAAAUACCUUGCUAUUGAUGAGACAGAUCGAAUGCUGGAAAAAGGGCAUUUUCAAGAGCUCCACCAAAUUCUCGAGCGGGUGAAUUCCGAUGAGUCGUCCGUACAGGAUCGUCAGACUUUUGUUUUCUCAGCUACACUUACACUCGUCCACGAUAUCCCUGACUACUUACAGAGAAAAAAGAAGGGGAACAGUAAAAGUAAAAUAUUCAAAUUGACACCUGGUCAGAAGCUGCAGAAAAUCAUAGCACUUUUGAAAAUUAAGAAUCCUAAGAUCGUUGACGUGACGAAAGCCAGAGGCACUGCUGGAACAUUAACUGAGUGCAGAAUCACAUGUACCAUGGACCAUAAAGAUUAUUACCUCUAUUACUUCUUGAGGAGGCACCGAGGCAGGACUCUGAUAUUCUGUAACAGCAUAGGAUGCGUCAAGAGACUAGCAACACUAUUUGGUAUUCUCGAAUGCAAUCCUCUGCCACUGCAUGCCAGCAUGCAGCAGAGACAGAGAUUGAAGAAUUUGGAAAAAUUUCAGGAGAGUCCCGAGGGGCUUUUAAUCGCUACAGAUGUUGCUGCACGGGGUCUAGAUAUUCCGAAUGUGGAGCAUGUUAUUCAUUAUCAGGUGCCCAGAACUUCGGAGGGAUAUGUGCAUCGAAGUGGAAGGACUGCACGUGCACAGAAGGAGGGAAUCACUGUUUUGAUGAUGGAACCGUCUGAGUUGUCUUAUUAUACGAAAUUGUGUAAAACUCUUGGGCAUACUAACGAUAUUCCAACGUUCCCGGUGGUGGAUAAACUUCUUAUGUCGGUCAAGGAGAGGGUCAAUGUCGCCAGGGAAAUUGACAAACUCGAGCUGAGGUGCAGGAGGGAUAAUGUGCAGAAGGGGUGGCUCAAGAAAGCCGUUGAGGACAUGGAUCUUGUGUUGGAUGAGGAUCAGGUUGAGAGCACCAUGGAGUCCAAGGAGUCUGCAGAAUUGAGGAGACAGUUGAAGAGGAAGAGACAGCAACUCAGAAUUUUAUUGCUGAAGCCAUUGUUUCCGAAAGGAUUCUCUGGAAAAUAUUUGGAGAUGAAUACUAAUGUUCAGAUUAUGCAGGAGAAUCAGACGGCGGUUCAAGUGAUGAAGAAGGCGAUCGAUGAAAAUCCGAGGGGAAAGCAGAAAAAAUCGAUUGGAAUCGCGAGGAAAAGCCAGAAUAUUAGAAAACGUAAAGUGAAACGUGGGACGAGGACCUCAAAAUAAUGGGAGAAUAACCAAGUGAUAGGAAUAUUGUACGAGGGAAACACAGGAACAAUCGCAAUCGUCGAAUAAUUAAUUUAUUCCUCAAAAUACCCUCGACUGAAUAAUUCACAAAAUUGAGCCGGCGGUUCACAACAAAAUCAUUUAUACAAAUUUCUGUUUAUUUUCAAUGUUUCUAUAAAAAAUGUUAUUUACAAAAAAAGAGUACAUGAAUAAUCUACAGAAUUAAAUAUUAAAAGAGAGAACAUCACGUUUUAUAAUACAAAUUUUUCCAUUGAAAAAUGGAUAUAAAGAUCAUCGAAUGGCGGUUCCAUGGAGGCAUUUUAGUACCGGUUAUAAAAUCUUGGUGAUAAAAAAUCACCUAGAAUGUUUCUUCCUUGUUUUACCAAUAAAAUAGCAAAAAAACAAAACAUUUAGAAAAAAACAUUUAUAUUGUCAUAGG